AGAGAAUUGGAUAGUCAUAUAGCGCUGCAGACUCCAGCACUAUUCUGUGCAGAGCAGCAAGUGAGAGGAGACAAGCCAGCCUUGUAAGAGGACAUGCUUCUCCUCCCGCUCUCCGUGCUGCUCCUGCUCACACAGCCCUGGAGACCCCUGGGAGCAGAAAUGGAGAUCUAUUCCCAGAAAAUAAUGGCCAAUGCCUGUACCCUGGUUGUGUGUAGCCCUCCAGAGGGUGGCUUGCCUGGUCGUGAUGGACAAGAUGGAAGAGAAGGUUCCCGGGGGGAGAAGGGUGAUCCAGGUUCACCAGGCCCUGCAGGACGAGCAGGGAUGCCUGGACCAGCUGGCCCCAUUGGGCCGAGAGGGGACAAUGGCUCUGCUGGAGAACCCGGACCAAAGGGAGACCCGGGACCACCUGGGCCUGUAGGCAUGCCUGGUCCAGCUGGGAGAGAGGGCCCCUCAGGGAAGCAGGGGAGCAUGGGACCUCCAGGCACACCAGGCCCCAAAGGAGAGACUGGGCCCAAAGGAGGAGUGGGUGCCCCAGGCAUGCAGGGCUCCCCAGGCCCUGCAGGUCUCAAAGGAGAGAGAGGUGCCCCUGGUGAGCCCGGAGCCCCUGGACGUGCUGGGGUGGCAGGGCCUGCUGGAGCCAUAGGUCCACAGGGGCCUUCAGGUGCCAGGGGCCCCCCAGGACUGAAGGGAGACAGAGGUACUCCUGGAGAAAGAGGAGAAAAGGGUGAGAGUGGGCUUACAGAGGUUGAUGCUGUCAGGCAGCAGGUGGCAGUCUUAGAGGGACACCUGCGACGCCUCCAAAAUGCCUUCUCUCAGUAUAAGAAAGCGGUGCUCUUCCCUGAUGGCCUGGCUGUCGGGGAGAAGAUCUUCAAGAUGGCAGGUGUUGUAAAAUCAUAUUCAGAUGCCCAGCAAGUCUGCAAAGCGGCUAGGGGACAGCUGGCCUCCCCACGCUCUGCAGCCGAGAACGAGGCUGUGACACAGCUGGUCAGAGCACAGAACAAGCAAGCUUACCUGAGCAUGAGUGACAUUUCCACUGAGGGUAGGUUCACCUACCCCACGGGGGAGUCACUGGUCUAUUCCAACUGGGCCAGCGGGGAGCCCAACAACAACAAUGACGGACAACCAGAGAACUGUGUGGAGAUCUAUCCUGAGGGCAAGUGGAAUGACGUACCCUGCAAUAAGAAACUCCUCGUGAUCUGCGAGUUUUGAGGCUCCCCCCACCCCAGCUCCAGCCCAGGGAGGAAGGGGGCAGUGCCCAGAGCUGAGCUGUCAACAUCCCAAUAAAAAGGUGACCGUCUGCUCCUCAUGGCUUCCCUACUGAGCCACAGGAUGAGGCCACAAGGGAGGCCUCCUAUGAAACUCCUCCUUCAGAAUAGUUUGCAACUGGC